AUGCCUCGCACAUCAAUUGUAUCAUUGACUGCCUCCUUGGCUCUGGUACUUGGUGCCAACGGUCAAGCAUCACUGUACGGUCAGUGUGGUGGCCAGGGCUACUCGGGCCCUACCUCAUCAAUGCGUACCUGGAACAAGCACUAUGCAGACAUCUACCUCCACUACGCUGGCACCGGGUUCCACGACGACCACAACAACUACAAAAGCCUCAAGCACAUCGAGUUCAGCAUCAUCUACCGCUACACCAACCGGACUAAAGUACUUCAUCACUUUAGCGGAUUCGACGUCAGCAGCACCAAGCCCUCCGCUUCGAAUCCUCUCGGAAACCCCGAUAUGCCGGGAUGGACGACGAGCGGAGGCUUGAACUGGAUUGGCUUCCUGAUCUCGAAAUACAACACGUCUCUGACUCUGUCAUACAACUUCGCCUACGGUGGAGCGACCACCAACGCCAGCCUUGUCGCUCCCUAUACCUCUACCGUCCUUAGCUUCAUCGACCAGGUCACCGAGUUCACUAACAGCAUCGCCUCGAAGCCCUCCUAUGCGCCAUGGACCAGCAAGAACACCCUCGUGGGCGUCUGGAUGGGCGUGAACGACGUUGGCAACUCAUACUGGCUGUCCAAUAUUGAUGAACUUCUCACCGAGAUCAUGGAUAGCUACUUUGGGCAGCUGCAAAUCCUCUACAACGCUGGUGUGCGAAACUACGUGCUUCUCAGCGUUCCUCCAAUCAACCGCUCCCCACUCAUGCUUUCCCAAGGCACCGAUGUCACUACCGCGGAGGCGGCCGUGAUCACAAAGUACAACAACUUGAUCGCGACAUAUCUAGCAGACUUCAAGACCAAGAACAGCGGUGUUACGGCAACUGUCGUGGAUACGCAGGCGCCAUUCAACAAAGCAUUGGAUAAUCCCACGGCCUAUGGUGCGGCCAAUGCCACCUGCUAUAACGCCGAUGGCACCACGUGUCUGUGGUUUAAUGACUACCACCCGGGCAUUGCAAUCCACAAUCUUACGGCACAGGCUGUUGCUUCCGCUUUGAAGGGCUACUCCUUUGAUGAGCUCUGGUCUUUGGAGAGAAGCUUCUGGGACGUCUUCCUGUACCCCUCGAACCUAGCACAGAUCAACGCGACAGACGACUCUGUCUUUGCCGAAAAUGUCCAAGGUCGAGUCGACAUCACACGCACCUUUGACGGCCGCGAGCUCAACAACGAAUACAUCUUUGGCCUCUUCUCCGAGCCAGAACACCUGAGUCUCGUUGGCGUCCCCAUCGCAUACAACAUCACCCAGUUCACCGCCAACGACAACAUCGCCUCGGCCACGACGGUCGUCACCUUCAACGCGACCUCAUUCGGAAUCAUCGUGCCCGUAACCAUCGACACAUGGAUCGAAUGGGACGCGCAGCAGAAGAUCGUGCAGUACGACGCAACAUUCAGAUGGUUCGGCUUCCUUCUCGACACGCUGCUCAAAGCGCAAGGCGCGAAGAUGAAUACCACCGACCCUGCUGUGGUGCAGGCAGCGCUUACGCAGCUACUAGCGAGCACAAUUUGCCAGACACACGAGGAGCAUUGCAAGGGGGCCAACCAGCAAUACGAGAGUACGGAUGCCUGCUUGGAUUUCCUGACGAAGAAGACGCGGUUCGGACAGGAGUUCGAGCUGGGACGGGAUACCCUGCUCUGUCGCGAGGUGCACGAGCAUAUGGUCAAGUACCGGCCGGACAUCCACUGUGCGCAUAUCGGGCCUACGGGGGGUGACUACUGCGUGGAUGACAAGUCGUAUGAGCAGGUGGUGUUGCAGAAGUAUUUCCGGGACUCGUUUAUUGCGUAUGGGUAUGGAGAUGAGCAGAAUAUCUGGGUUGAGUAG